AUGCACCAGCCUCAACACGAUGAAGAUUGCCCGCCUAUCGACGACGAGUUUGACAGCACUAGCGAUUCCGACCCGGACAGCCUUUUCGACAGAAGUGAUGAUGAGGCGGACACGGCAAGCGACGCUGACUCGGAGAGUCCUCCGGAGGAGGACGACGACGAUGACCUCUUCGAGGGAGAAGUACGGCACCCACCAGAGUACUACCUUGCCGCGUCGGCAGACCUCGACGUAGGGCGACUUCGGCAGAGGCGUUAUAGCCCGAAGACGCAAAAACGUCUUGACUGGGUCAAGGAUCAUCAUAAUCAAUACUGCACCUUCACCAGACAACACCCCGCCCAGUGCUUUCAAGAAGCCUCGGCCCGCUUUCUCUACGGCUUCCUGUGCUGGGUCUGCGACCAGCGACGAGGGAAGGGGGGGCGGAGGCGGCCCGGCAUCAAGCAUACAAGCUCGCUACAGACGUUCUGGAAAUGGUACCUCAUAGUACAUAGGCUCGAGACUGGCAAGAAGAUCGAGGGCAUGGUCCAAGUGCAAGGCCAAGAUGUUCUUAAAGUCGUUGCUAUCGAAAAAGAGCUCGAUAAUUCCAAGCGGGAGAGCGCUACGAUGUAUGUCGAGGAUCUGGCCGAGUUCGCCCGCGUGCUUCUGACUACAAGGGAGAUGACCUUCAAGCUUGGCUGGCUCCGGAUCCAGUUGAUCCUCUUCUGUCAACUUGCGGGCAUUACUGGUAACCGCCCAGAGGCCUUGGUCCAACUUCGGUACCGCCACCUCAAAUUGACUCUGAUCCGGGAUCACAACAACCCCCGCCCGCGACUCUUUAUUGAGCUGACGCCCGAGUUCACCAAGGGAUUUCUAGGCAUGAAGGAUGUUAAUGUGUUCAAGAUCCCGGAGAUCAUCUACGACCCGACACUCGUACUUAGCCCUCAUACCUUCCUGCUCGGCAUGCUCUUCAAAGUUCAGGCAUUCAAAUCCCCCAGUAUUGUUUCCUCUGAGAGCCUGUACAGCUUGAACGUCCUCGAUGGAAUGAAUGAGCAACAGCUCCCGCUCAAGGACGAGUUGAGCGACGAUUUUAUAUUUUGCCAAGCUGUACAGACGGCCUGCGGCGUUGCGUUGGCACGGCAAUUGCAGCUGUCCUCUGACUCGGUCCGCUACCGGAUGAAGAUAGGCGGCCAGAUCACAGGCUUUGCGCAGGUGACGAAGCCAUACGUCCUCCGCGAUGGGGCUGCGAAGGCGCUGAACGAGAGCCCGGAUGUCAGCGACUCGAUGCAGAAUCUCAUCCUUCAGCAUUCUAGCAUCGACACGUUUCUUAAGCAUUACCUCGAUCGGAAUAUCAACGUCGACGUCCAGAACAUCUAUCGCGGCCAAGCGCCUCAGAGAGACCUGAUGAGGUUCGCAUGCUCCAUGAGCCGUUCGAUCGAUCCCCGCCGGCCACGGAGAUUGACCACUGCGCAAUCUGCAUCAGUCAAUUGCCUUCCGUGCAUUAUCAAACUAGAUCGUCGCAUAGCGAAAUUGUCGAGGGGCCGAGGACGUCCGGGGGGGGAGGAGAAGUAUCAGAAGACAUGUCGUCGCCUCCGGAGCGAGAAGCAGCGCCAGCGCAGGCUCCUCUUAGUCGAGCUUGUGGACCGUUUUAAGAAGGAGCAGCCAGUGAUCGACAGCGAGCGGCAGUUGUCUGGGAAGGUGGUCGACGAGGACACGCGAGACGCGUUAGAGCGAUCAGAUCAGUUGACGGUAGAACACCUCCAUUUGAUCGACGCUAUCUUGACGCUACCCGAGACGUCCCUCGAAAACGAGAAUCGACGGAGGAUCGCGGCUGUCAAUGCUAUCACAGCGUACUGCGGCGUGGAGGAGGGACCGGCUUCCCGCCGUAUCCAGCGUGGACGUCCAGUGAAGGAUAGCAGUCCGCCAGCCGUUAUAGCUGAAGAGUCUGACGCCCUGGACGAAGCGAUACAAUCGAUUCGGAGAGACAAGAGGCCGAAAGUAUGCUUCGUCUGUGUUGGGAAUCCGUCCUUGGCAUUGCGUGACAGGGUCGCCAAGUAUGCAACUAGUGGCUCUCUUAGUAGACACUUUCUGAGGAGGCACGUAAAUAAACUGCGAGAUGGGCAGUAUGUUGACUGCAUGGAUUGUAGUGUUCGGCUUACAACCGAAGUAGAAUUAUUAUUUCAUGGAGAGACGCUUCACGGAACUGUUUCACGGUGUAGGUAA